ACACCCCAUUAGAAAUUCAAUAUUUUCUAGCCAAAAAUAAAAUUUCCCCCAAAAUUCCCGCUAGACCAGGUCCAAUCUACUCAUUCCCAUCAAUCCAUAAUUUUCAAUUUCCCCCUUUUCUCCCCUACCUCUUCCAAGCUUUCUCCUUUCUCAUCCCCAUCUCCUCGCCCUCUUGUUUCCAUUCGUCACCCUUCUUUUCUUACAAUCAUCCGAUUUCUGGGCUAGGGUUUUUCCCUACUUUCCGUUGGAAAAAGAUGACGUCGGUGAAGAAAGGUUUGCCGCCGGGCCUCGUUUCCAAUCUCCAGGAAGUUCUGAGCAGCAGAAAGGGUGGUGGCGGUGAGCAAUCGAACGAUGGACCUUCUACUUCUUCUACUUCUGCUGAGAACGCUGCGGCAGGGGAAGGAAAUGAUGAUACCAGACCUAUUGUUCUGGUCACCAAUGGCGAUGGGAUUGAUUCCCCUGGUCUUCUCCUUCUCGUGGAAGCUUUGGUUCGUGAAGGAAGCUACAAUGUCCAUGUCUGCGCCCCGCAACUGGACAAAUCAGCUUCUGGUCAUUCUGUUACACUAGGAGAAACCAUAGCUGCGACUUCUGCUCAAGUUAGUGGUGCUACUGCAUAUGAAAUUUCAGGGACUCCUGUGGAUUGCGUCUCAUUAGCAUUGUCUGGAGCACUCUUUUCUUGGUCAAAGCCUGUGCUGGUCAUUAGUGGAAUUAACAAGGGAUCAAGCUGUGGUCACCACUUGUUCUACUCAGGUGUUGUUGCUGGAGCUAGAGAGGCAUUGAUAAGCGGCUUCCCAUCUCUAUCAAUCUCACUUAGCUGGAAGAAGGAUGAGAGCCAAGAAAGUGAUUUCAAGGAUGCUGUUGCUGUCUGUUUGCCAUUGAUAAAUGCUGCUUUGAGAGAUAUUGAGAAGGGGGAUUUCCCCAAGAGAUGUUCUCUGAACAUACAAAUCCCUACCUCACCAUCUACAAACAAAGGUUUCAAACUUACUAAGCAAAGUAUGUGGCGAUCUACCCUCAACUGGAAUGCUAUUUCUGCAAACCGGCAUCCUGGUGCUGGAUACAUGUCUAAUCAACAAAGCCUUGGCCUACAGCUAGCCCAGCUUAGUCGAGAUGCCUCUGCUGCUGGAGCAGCACGUCGUGUUACCAAACAAAAGACGAAUGUGGAGAUUGAGUCAGUUGGGGCCUCUGGGAAAACCGAAGUGAACAAAUUGAAAAAGUAUUUCAGACUGGAGUUUAUGGAGAAGGAGCUAGAAGACACAGACGAGGACCUGGACUUCAGGGCCCUUGAAAACGGAUUUAUUGCAGUAACUCCCCUCUCACUCUCACCACACAUUGAACCCGAAAUGCAAACAGCAGCCUCGGAAUGGAUCUCUUCUGCACUUCAAGAGAGCCAAUAGGAAAACAAAAGGGGGCUUCUUCUACUACAGAUACCAGUCAACUAUUUACAUCAUCAGACGAUUUUGUUACACAUUGACAGGUUAUAUUUAUUUGCUAUUUCCCAAUUUUUUUCCCACUCGUUUUUUUCUUUUCCUUCUUUCCUUCCACCAUUUUGAUGGAAUCUGGGGCCUGGCUUGUUCUUGUGUAGCUUUUCUUCUUCUCCUUCUUCUUCCUCCUGGGAUACUAGUGUAACUCAAAACUGCGGUGGCAGGGGUCUUAAUUAUAUGCCCCCUUCCUGCAAUGGCCUCUUUCAUCUGAUUUUUGUAUUUAUUUUGGUUUUUUGAUAUGUAUUUGAUCAAAUCUUGUAUCAGAUUCUGGCUUUUAGAGUCCAUGUAUUCAAGUCUUCAAGUGGGUGGUAUCCAUUGCUAUUCCUUGGUUUUUCAUGAUUACAUAAAGGCUGGAGCUGCCAAGUCCUUUUCAAGUAAAAGGGUUUGAUUCCUCACUCCCCAAAUCAUUGCCUUGCUCGUUCAUAAAGGGAAGAAAUGAUGGAGCCUUUCCUUCGAUGUUAUGGUCCACAACAUGACAACAAUAAUGCUGCUCGUACCCUUUUUUGUUGGAUUGAAAUCCAAGGCAAACUCAGUUUCACAAUUGAAUAAAAUAUCACUUUUUGAAAAAUACAUUAUAUAUCACUGACACAUGACAGUCACGUGCAUAUGCAUAAUGUUCAUCCUUUUUUCUAAAAGCACGUCGAGUUUUUUUUUUUUUUUAACAUAGUCAAACCCAGACCGAGGUCUAGAUACAUAGUCAAAGAACAGAAGCAAUCCACGGACGAAGUCGAUUAAUCGUCAAACUUUUGAUGAAAAAGCGUUUUUGGCCACAAAAUGGGCUGCUCUAUUAACUCGAAGAGAAACAUGGGAGCAAGAACAAAACUCAAAAGCUUUUGCUAACCUGUAGAUGUCUUCUAGUAUCAUCCCUCCUGUCACAUGCUCAGAACCUCCCGCCAAUAGCCGUCGAACAGCCACAAUGGAAUCCCCAUGACAACGGACCAACAUAAAAUGAUGGGUUAAGCACCAGUCUAAAGCAUCACGAAAAGCCAACAAAGCAGCAAGAAAAGAGUCAUCGAUACCAUCAUAAAACCUACCCAUGGCAAAUAAUAGAUUGGUGGACGGAUCAUGCCCCACAGAGCCCACUCCAGCACCCUGUCCUCGACGGGCCCAUCCAGCAAAGCCGACGACUAUUGCCGUCGGGGGAGGUAAUGCUGCCGACAUCACCAUGGAGUGUUGAGUACCUAUUAGUGGCGGGCAAGCACCCCGAAGUUGUGUGUUUGACCGAGAAGGUUCCGAACAGACUGUAUUACGCGAUUCCUCCAUUUGAAGAACAAAUUGACGAUGUAAUGCAGAGGGAAGGAAUUGAAUCCCACCAUGUACUUGUUGGAUCGUUGAGCGCGAGACGAUACAGCGAGAUGAACACUUGAUCCUUGAAACUUGGUCAAUGAAUUACCUGCACAGCUUUCAUCGAUCUCUUUACCAAGAACAAGUGAGAUCGGGAAAUUUAGGGAUUUGACAAUGAGUAAAGAGGAUUGUGAAAC